AUGGCAAUCGAAGUGCAGUUGCAAGGCUUGGAGUGGGGCUACCAAUUGAACUAUGAUGGUUAUACCAGAGGAGCCGAUGCAAUUUGGCCACCUUUGCCUGAGAUACUGGAGAUUUGCGAUUUAACCUUUGGCUGCUUGUUUGCUGUUGAGGUCGUGGUGAAGGUGUGGGGGUUGGGCCGAAGAUACUUCAAAUCCUUUUGGAACUUCUUCGACCUCUCCCUGGUCUUACUUUGGUGCCUUGAGAUGGCGGUGGCUUUAAUGCCGAUGCAAAGCCCGUCCUUGCGGUUGUUGCGGCUCAUCAGGCUGCUGCGAUUGGUAAAGCCUUUGAGAACAAUUAAGAACUUUGACUCUCUGAUCAUCAUGACUACGGCAUUGAAGCACAGCAUGGGAGCCCUUUUUUGGGCGUCGAUCAUCAUGUUGGUGGUGGAAGUCAUGCUGGCACUGCUAUUGGGCCAGUUAGCCAUUGCUUUCGCGCGGGCAGACGAUGAGUCUCCGAGCGGGGACACUGAAGUCGAGUUGAAGAUCUUCGAAUAUUUUGGCACGUUUCCGCGGAGCAUGCUGACGAUGUUUCAGAUGACGCUUGGGACCUGGGUCACUGUAGCAAGGGACUUGCAGGAACUCAUCACACCUGCCUUUAAUUUGCUGACAAUCCUUUUCAAAGGGACCUUUGGAUUUGCAGCUGUUGGUGUGAUCAACGGAGUUUUUAUGCAAGAAACCAUGAAGGUGGCACAAACGGAUGAUAUCAUCAUGAUGCGAGAUGUGGCGAGGCGAGAGAAGGUCCAUUCCAACAAAAUGACCGCCUUUUUUCAAUACACAGAUCACUCGCGGGAGACGCCCAUUACCCGAUCUGAAUGGAACAAGGUCAUGGAACGGGAUGAUGCACGUCAUUGGUUCGGCGCGCAGGGCCUUCCGAUCAGGGAUCCAGACACGAUCUUCAACCUAAUUGAUAGUGACAAUAGUGACUCAAUCAGCAUAGAUGAACUGGUGUUUGGUGUGUCUCAACUCCAGGGAGUUGCCUCUGGCGUGGAUGUGGCCAUAUUGAAGCAAAAUCAGAUCUAUUUGAUGGCCUUGAUUGAAAAGGUGCUUGAGAAAUGUGAGGUGUCGAGGGAGGUGGAAACCGCCAAGCUAAUGCCUGAAAUGGAUUCUGUGAAACCAUGCUUGCAUUUGUAG